GGUUUCUACUGUAAUCUCCAUUUUGUGUGUUUUUUAUGUCAGGUUAGCGCCUAUUUUCAGUUGGCUUGAGACGAACCUCUUUACUGCAGUGCAGUGUUGGCUGGGAAAGUUAUACAUUUUUAUCACAGUUGGAUAGAAUGUGAAGUAGGCCUAACAGACGCAUUACUUUUAGCAACGGUUUUUGAAGCAAGCCCCGACUUGCCAACUAGGUGGAAAGUGUUUUGCGUUAAUAACGCUAGCUGGGCAGCUAGCACAAAUCUUAAUAGAAAGCAAUGUCAGAUGAAGCAUCAGAUCAAAGCAGAACCUUAACGACCGAAUGCAGCACGGAGAGAUGGAUCAAGGAGGAGUGAAAAAUGGCACCAAGAGAGAUGAGCGUUUGACCACCUUGGACUACAGCGAGAGACCUGCCAAGGGAGUCCUGCAGAACGGCACGCUUGGCGCCAUGUCACUGGCUCCCACUUCUCUUGUGCCAUCCAGCCCACUUAUGCAGCCCGUGUCUGGCGACGUGCCCAACGGCCUUGGCAACUCCCCGCCGCCCGAGGACUACACCUCGGCCGUGACAACCUCCCUAGGUCUCUACGAGGACGACGUUGACCACAAAGCGUCAGGUAAGGAUCAGCGGGCCCAGCAGGGCCUCCAGCACCAGCCCUUGGGCCUGUACGGCGUCGGCGAGAACUUCUCGCGCCUGGAGGCCAGCAUCGCGGACCUGAACCGCUCCUCCCCCUCCAUGGACUCUCUGAUUGGCGGCGCAGACCCCAGCCUCUUCCACCUGAAGACGGAGGACUUCUCCCCCAUGGACAAGGGGGAUAUGGACCUGGACCAGGACACAUCUGGUCGCAUGGACAUGGACAUUGGUCACCACAAGCUGUUCAAUGACAACACGCUGGACCUGCUGCAGGACUUUGAGCUGACCGGCUCACCCUCAGACUUCUACGUGGCCGACGACGCCUUCCUGUCUUCCCUGGCUGAGGACUCGCUGCUGUCGGACGUGAGCACGGACAGGGACCCCAAGCCAGCAAGCAUCCUGGGGUCAGGCUCGGGAGGCAGUGGCGGCAGCGGGAACACCCUCGUCCCCAGCACGAGCGCCGCCCUGGUGGUAAACGGUACGCGCGCGGAGACGCUGUUCUCCAGCCCGCCCAGCACCUCCCCAGCGGCGGCCUCCUGCAGCAGCGGCAGCAGCGGCAUCGGGAGCGCCACGUCCACGCCAGCCAUCAGCCCGGCGCUGGUCAAAGUGGAGAAGGACGCCGCCGUGCUGCAGCUGUCCACACCCGGCGUCAUCAAGCAGGAGAAGGCCAGCGGCGUGGCAGGCCGGAGCUACUGCCAGGUGAGCGGCCGGGCCGUGACCCUGGCCACCCCAGCCGCCAUCUCUAUAUGCGGCGUGAGCACCUCCAGCGGGCAGAGCUACCACUUCGGGGGCACUGCCACCUCCACCAGCACCACCACAGCCUCCAGCCCCCAGCCGAAGGAGCAGAAGGUCUUCAGCUUGUACCCAGCCCUGGGGCCCGCGGCGGGGGACAGCUGGAACAGGGUGAGGCCGACCUUCGGAGAUGCCGGGCAGCAGCAGAGGGUUGGCGAAGGUCUCGGCGGGUCACAGUUCAGCAGCUACGCCAGGUCAGACUCCACCAGCAGUGUGUCUCCCUCGGGGCAGAAGCCUGGCGGGGCGGCCCAUAAGAUCUGCCUGGUGUGCUCCGACGAGGCCUCCGGCUGCCACUAUGGCGUCCUCACCUGCGGCAGCUGCAAGGUCUUCUUUAAGAGGGCCGUGGAAGGCCAGCACAACUACCUGUGCGCCGGACGGAAUGACUGCAUCAUCGACAAGAUCCGCCGCAAGAACUGUCCAGCCUGUCGCUUCCGAAAGUGUCUAAUGGCUGGGAUGAACCUGGAAGCUCGUAAAACGAAGAAGCUGAAUCGCUUAAAGGGCGUCCAGCAGCAGCAGCAGCCUGCGGUGGCGGCGAGUGAGCUGACCCCCCCGGUGCUGCCCGAGGCUCGGCCGCUGGUGCCCAAAGCCAUGCCCCAGCUGGUGCCGUCCAUGCUGUCGCUGCUCAAGGCCAUCGAGCCCGACACUGUCUACGCCGGCUACGACAGCACGCUGCCCGACACCUCCACACGCCUCAUGACUACGCUCAACCGCCUCGGGGGCCGGCAGGUCAUCUCCGCCGUCAAGUGGGCUAAAGCGCUGCCAGGGUUCCGGAACCUUCACCUUGACGACCAGAUGACUCUGCUCCAGUGCUCGUGGCUCUUCCUCAUGUCCUUCGGUCUGGGGUGGCGCUCCUACCAGCAGUGCAACGGCAACAUGCUCUGCUUCGCCCCGGACUUGGUUAUCAAUGAGGAACGCAUGAAGCUUCCAUAUAUGGCCGACCAGUGUGAACAGAUGCUUAAGAUCUCCAACGAGUUUGUGCGUCUGCAGGUGUCCAAUGAUGAGUACCUGUGCAUGAAGGUCCUCUUGCUGCUCAGCACCGUGCCCAAGGACGGUCUGAAAAGCCAGUCGGUGUUCGACGAGAUCCGGAUGUCCUACAUCAAGGAGCUCGGGAAGGCCAUUGUGAAGCGCGAGGAGAAUUCCAGCCAGAACUGGCAGAGGUUCUACCAGCUCACUAAGCUACUGGACUCCAUGCAUGACAUGGUAGGCGGCCUGCUGAACUUCUGCUUCUACACGUUCGUCAACAAGACCCUGAGCGUGGAGUUCCCAGAGAUGUUGGCGGAGAUCAUCAGUAACCAGUUACCAAAAUUCAAAGCCGGGAGCGUAAAACCGCUGCUCUUUCACCAGAAGUGACUGCACCCCCUAACCCCUAACCUCUGACCUGACCCCCCUCCCCCACACACACACACACACACACACACACACACACACACACACACACACACACACACACACACACACACCGCUGCGGCAGGAACGCAAUGCCUUAAAGAGACACUCAUCACCUCUCUGGUCACCUCAACGUACCCACAGCGCAAUGCGGGACUGGUGUUCCCCCCUCCCCCCCUGGCCCCCUCCAGUAGAAGGGCAAUGACUUGGGCAGGGGUGAACAGGAGGACUGCAGGAAGGGAUCACACAGACUGUAUGCAAGCACCGAACGCAGGAGCCCCAUCUGGUGAAGAGACAGAGACAAGACAUAACGUGGGGAGCAGAUAAGAGUCGAACUUUAACGUAAAGACGUUUUUUGGUAUCCAAUCAUGUGUUGUUGUUGUUGUUGUUGUUGUUGGUCUUGGUUUCCUUUCAAAGAACUGGCAAGUCUAUGGGGCUGCGAUGGCAUACGUUGUGACUCUUGGAUCCAAACAAACGAACCGCAACUGCUGUCUCAGGUGUAUGACUUUCAACGUUGAGAUUCCAUAGUAAGAAUGACAUGGCUAAUCAGUAUGUAGGGGUAACAUUUUUACAUUUAUACACUUUUACAGGUCGUCAUUGGCGUAAGGCUACAUCCCCUCCUCCCUCCCACCCCCUCUUUUCCCCAACCCAGAUAGCACUUAUCUCCAUCUACCUUUGUUGGAAAAUUUCUCUCCAAUGGAACUUUGAUAUCAGAGUUCACAAAUCAGAACAAGGUUUAGGUUUGUAACGGUCAUGGCACUUGUAAGUUGAGCACAAGAAAUACAGCACUGUCUGUAAACAGAUACAUGGCAUCUGAUAUACAGCAUCAACUACAGCAGUCUUAUAUAGUAGUCUACACGGUUAAUCUAAUCGGAUUUUGUAGAAUCAUGAAUGGGCAAGCAUGUUCUGAACAUGUGGAAAGAAAGAAAGGGAUAUUAUGUGCCUUUUUGUAGCUUUGGUCUCAUUUUUAGCCAUUUCCUGUUUUGUUUUUCUUUUGUGGUUUUUAUUUACUUUGCUCUCAAAAGUUGAGAAAAAUUGCAAAAUUGCUUCUGCGUUCACAAUGGUAAACACCGUAUCAUGUUGGAUUGAUUGUAGUUGUAUGUAAUUUGACUUGCACUGGCAGUUGUUUUUUCUCUUCCCUCUCCCUCUCUCUCUCUCAAUCUGGCCGUUUGGUGUUUGGCAGCUCAGUGGUACCCAGGAGACACCCAAAAAUGCAAGUGAUCCUUACUGACCAUGCAGACGACGAUAUUCAUACUCCUCCUAUGGUAGUUUCAUUGGACACCUCUCUCUCUCUGCAACUUUUGGAGCACUUUUAUCGAAGGCUUUAAUGAACGGCUAAAGUGGCUGUAUUUUAACGUGUACAGAGCUAAUGAAAUAGCAAAUAAGGAAGCCAUUUGUUUUCAUCACUAUGGUCACCGUUGAAAAUUGUACAUUGAUUAUGCAAUGAAAUGCAAAAAAAAAAAAAAAAAAACAUUAAUCGACAACUAAAUUUCUUCCCUUUAUGGUGUCAUUUGUUAGUUUCUGUUUUCUGUGUGUUUGUGUUUGGUUUUUGUUGUUUUCAUGGACCAUAGGAAACCCAGUUUGCCUAACUUUGUAAACCAUGAAUGCAGAUUCCUUGGCUAUCACUUCCAACCAUACGCAGUAAAAGCAGGGAGACAGACUGAAGCCUCGGACAUAGACAGUAAACCUCAUCUCCGAUUUAUUUUUUUCCUGAAAUAUAUAUCUAUAUAUAUCUAUAUAAACACACAAAGAAUUAUGUCAGUAUAACGUUUAUCGUUUCCUUCUGGAUCCGAACAGGGAAUGAUAGAAAAAAGUGCAAUCACCUUUAUAUGUUAUUCAAUGCAGCAGACCACCUGUCUUUCUCUCUCUCUCUCUCUCUCUCUCUCUCCCUUGCUCGCGCAGUGUAUCUCUCUCUCUCUCUCUCUCUCUCUCUCUCUCUCUCUCUCUCUCUCUCUCUCUCUCUCUCUCUCUCUCUCUCUCUCGCGCGCGCGUGCUCGUGUUCAGCAGUACCUCUCUCUCAGUACUCCUCCUCCUGUACUCAUCACUCACUCAGGUCCACAACCUACAACCUGUUUGCCGUGCACUCACACUCCCAGCCAGCGGCAGACUCCGGCUCAGGUCUGGCCCAGUCCCUGGGCCGGGUCCGUCCCAGGCGUCUGCCGCUGACCUCGGGUGCCUCCCUUCAGCAGCUUUAGUGCUCCUCCAAAACUAAAACGCUGGUGUGAGUGCACUCGCUAGCUUUUCCUAACGGUGCUUUUUCCUUGUUCUAGCAGUGAACAAAACAAUAGAAAAAGAAGAAAAAAAAGAUAAGAAAAAAAACAUGCGUGUACAAUAACCUUCCUCUCAGCCCUAUGAGUUAAACUGUGGCCCAUCUGAGGGACAGGAGGCUCUUUGCCUCUCCUUUGUUUGGUUCUCGGGGAAUUUCUACCAUAACAGACAAAAUAAUAUGCCUGUAUUUAUCCUCUCUCUGUGUGCCAAACAUUUAUUUCAUUCAUUUCUGUGUGGAGUAUAUAUUUUUUCAGUCCGAUGAAAUGAUUACAACCUUGAUCUGUACUUUGUCUUAACAUGUGCUGGAAGUAUGUACACAAAACAAAACGAAAGGGAAAAAGAAAUGCAAGUUUUUCCUGUGUUGUACACUGUGUCAGCAUUCAAACACACAAUGGCUGAGGUCCGAACACCUACCCACAAUCCCACACGGUCCGCACACCUACCCACAAUUCCACACGGUCCACACACCCAUCCACAAUCCCACAGCGCACCACCACAUAUUCGUUUUACCACCAGCUCAAGACACACGCAUGUUUGUAGUUCCAAGUGUCUGUUUUCAUGUCGGCCUCUCUCCAGCGCACAAUGCGGCAGUCGCAACGGUCACCUCCGAACAGCGCUUCUACCGCAGUAGUAGUAGUAGUCGUCGUCUGCGGCACCCCUCUGUCCCCGUCCCUGUUUUCCUUCCUGGGUGUUUUUGUUUUGCGUUUGUUUUUUUUAAUCGCUCUUAAAACCAUCGGUAUUUUACGUAGGUCUUAUAGUUUUCACAAAUUCUGUGUUUGUGGCGACUGGGAAAAACAACAGGAACAAGGAAGUUGUGUGAUUUACUCUUCCUUUGCUUUUCAAAGACAUGUUUGUAUUGAAGUUGAUGUCUUGUUCGUUUUAACAUGGGGGCAAGUACAGUAUGUUGCUUCAAAGCAUAUCUAAGUAUGAAUUUAACUUUUAAAGUAACCAUUUUUUGUACAGAUGGGUGUGUUGAACUUGUGGCAGAGUUCACCUGUUUGUAUAAUAUCUUGCAUUUUGGUCAUUUGUGUAGAUCUCAAUCAAUUUCCUUUCUCAUCUGACACUAUGCCAUUCAUGUCACAUAAAGCUAUCCAUUAAUAGUAAAAUGUUAAAGAUGCCAACAUUUCAUGCUUGUGUGUUUUGUUGGUUCUUUGAUUAAAUCAUCUUUACAAGCCAUUUUCUAAUUCAGUUGCUUUGGCAACUUUUUUGGGUUGCAGGUAUGUCCGUUGGUUCAGUAGUUUUUAGUGGUUAUUUGAAAGCAUGGCAUUGUCAAGUGGUUGACAAGUCCUAAAGGAUCUUUGCUGUAAAUUACAAAUGUCGUAACACCCACCUAGUUUGUGGUGAUUUUUCCAGAUAUCAUAGAUGACCCAAGUAUGUCCCAAACUAUUUUUAAGCCUCUUCUUCCCCCCUCGUCAAGUUACUUUCACAUACAGUGCAGUAGUGUGCGAAGUCUGCUUCCUCUGUUACGCGUUCACGUCUCUCUGUCUUACACCACUAAAUGAGUGGAGUGUUAUUCCAAUUCAGGGAGGUCGAAUUUUGAAAGACUCAUAACUGUUCCCUUUGAAAUAAAUGAAAGUGUUUAGUAUCUUGAUAUUUUUUUAUAAUUUAGCCUUUUUUUUUUUUGUCUUUUGUUCCGUUUCGUCAUGUAUAAUCCCUACCUAGCGCCUCUAAAACUGUUUCGGAUGAUGAAUGUAAACUCCUAUCUUGCAUCCCAUUUUUCAUAUAUCUCCGCUGAUGCACAUUAGAUUAUGUUGAAUAAGUCUAAUGAAAGGAAGGUAUUGGUCAUUCUUGAUGUAUAUAGCACUAGUUCACCAUGUUAAGGUUUCCUCAAUAGGGGGAGGAAGAAGGAAUUUGUGAAUGAGUCCUAUGCACAGUACAAGAGCAGUCAAACACACAUUAGAAGGGAAACUGUAUAUGAAAGUAACUUGCCUGCCAAACUGAAACCUUUGAAAUUUUGCACUACCCCGUCACUGUUUAAAAUCUAUUUUCUAAAAAAAAAAACAAAGUAGACAGAAGAAUAAAAGACAGAAAAAAACCUGAUAUUAACUUAAGAGAUAUAUUAAGGGCAAAUGUGGUUCACUUGUAUAUGGCUUUCCCUUAUAUUUUGUUUGUAUUUGCAUAUAUCUCAACUAUGUACAUAUUACCCUGUGUAAAGAAUAUGCAUCAGAUUUGUCCAAAAUGAAUAGUUUUUUAUGUCAUCUCUGUUAUUCAGCCUCCGUAGUUCAUGUUGGUCUCUUCACCACUUCACUUCCCCGUUGAGCUGUCUGUCUUGGUUGUGAGGUACUUUUGAUAAACAUUACUUUUAUGCUGAUUGAUGUUAACACCGUUGUACACACACACACAAAAAUCCCUAACAAGCUACUUAACAACCAUGCGAUUAUGAUAAGCAAUCAUUCAUAAAAAAAAUAAAUGUGCUUUUCAAAUCUAA